AUGCCUUGUGAUUACGGUCUAGGGCCUGGCUUUCAGCCGGAGCAUAUUGACCGCAAAUCAUUAUAUGUCAGCUUGGAAGAGCGCAUUAAGUAUCUUCAUUCUUUUCUGGAGUGGAGCUCUGACGAUAUCGAAGCUCUUCAAAGCGGAGCCAAACACCUCAAACAACUUAUCCCAACUGUCGUCAACAUGGUGUAUAAGAAACUCCUGGUCUAUGACAUCACCUCGCGAGCAUUCCACACCCGCACCACGGUGAGCGAGGAAGAGCCAGAAGAGGACUACCUCACCGAAGAGACACCCCAGAUCCAACGGCGGAAGAUGUUCCUACGCUGGUACCUGGUCCGACUGUGCUCGGACCCUACCAGCAUGGAAUUCUGGCGAUACCUGAACAAAGUCGGCCAAAUGCAUUCCGGUCAAGUCCGCCAAGCCCCCCUCAACAUCGAAUACAUCCACCUAGGCGUCUGCCUAGGCUAUGUCCAAGACAUUUUCACCGAAGCCAUUAUGACCCACCCCGUCCUCUCUCUCCGUCGCAAAAUCGCCCUCCUCCGCGCAAUCAACAAAAUCAUCUGGAUCCAAAACGAUCUCUUCGCCAAAUGGCAUUGCCGCAACGGCGAGGAAUUCGCUGAUGAGAUCUCCAUGUACAGCUUCGGCUCCGGGAACGAUGAGGGCUACUGCGGAAAACCUGUUGGAAGUAGCGCAAGCAGCUCCAUGGAUGAUGAUCAGGUUAGUAUUGUUAGUAGUCUCGCGCCGUCGACGCACACUACUGCGCCUUCGGUUCAUACUACUGGGUCGUCGAGGACACCGGAGGGAGUAGCGAAACCGUCGGCGUGUCCAUUUGCGGACUUUGCGAAGAAUAAUUCUUCGACUUCAACUAAGAUUUGGGCCAAUUGA